AUGAUGAAAUCUAACUUCGAAAAAACUAAAACAUUUUUGAAAGCACACAAUGAUUUGCAAGUCAUAAGAGCUGACAAGGGAAAUAAAAUAGUGGUAAUAACAAAAACCGAAUACAACGAAAAAAUGCACGAAAUUGUAGACGAUAAUACAACCUAUAAACAAAUUAAACGAGACAUGACAAUCACAUUGGAGAAAGAAAAAAAUAGAAUUAUCAAAGAAUGGGAACAAAAGAAAUAUAUAACUAAACAAGAUGAGAAAACAUUAUUGACCCAUAACAGCAAAAUACCAAAAAUAUAUGGAUUACCAAAAGUCCACAAACAAAAUAUACCACUAAGACCGAUAGUUUCUUGCAUUCAAUCUCCUUUGUAUAAAUUAUCAAAAGAUAUGGCGAAUAUUCUAUCCAACGCAAUAAAUAAUAAUGAAUAUUAUAUAAAAAACUCAUUCGAUUUGAAAGAAUCAUUGAGAAAUGUUAGGAUCCAAGCAAACCAUCGAUUAUAUUCAUUAGAUGUGAAAUCUCUGUAUACCAACAUUCCCAAAGAACUAAUAAAGGAGGCAAUCGAAAAUAAUUGGGAAAUAAUCAGACAACACACAUUAAUACCAAAAGAAGAUUUCAUCCAAACAAUACAAUAUAUCACGAACAAUAGCUUCUUCCAAUAUGAGGAAAAUUUCUAUAAACAAAUUAAGGGUGUAGCCAUGGGGAACCCGUUAUCAAGCACGAUAGCACAGUUGGUAAUGGAGUUGAUAGAAAAAAAAAAAAUCAUGGAAAAACAUAAAACUACGUUCUUCAAACGAUAUGUAGACGACAUUUUAGUUAUAACAACAACAACCGAAAUAAAGUCGAUUUUGAACGAAUUCAACAACACACACGAAUUUCUACAAUUUACACUUGAGGAAGAAGAAAACAACUGCCUGAACUUCUUGGACAUGACACUAAUGAGAAGAAACGGAAAAUUAUUGACAAAAUGGCACAGAAAGGAGCAGAACACAACACAUAUAUUAGAUUAUAACUCCCAACACCACCAUUCACAUAAGAAAAGUACUGCCAUUGGAUACAUAGACAGGGCGUUAAAAUUAACAUCCCCAAUACUCCGAGAGAAAAGUUUAAAAGAGGUGAAAGAACUUUUGACGAAGAAUCACUACCCUGAAACCCUCAUCACAAAACUAACAAAACAAAGGACGCACCGACUAUACAACACACAACAGACGAAAACACCAACAGAUACCACAAGACGAAUACAAUUACCAUACAUACAAGGGCUGUCACAGAAAAUAAGUAAUAUAUUGAAACCUUACAACCGAGAAGUAGUACAUAGACCAUACAAUCAAGUGGGAAACAUCUUUAGAAUAGAACCCCAACAACGACGAAGGGAAAUAUUGGAAAUGAUUCACAUACAAGUAAACAAUGAAAAUGUAGUGAACGACAAACAAGACACGAAAAAUCUCAGUCAAAUAUACAUGCCAAUACUGAGAAGACCACCGAUAGAAAGAAGAAGACAAGACAACCAACAUUCCAUUGACCUCUGA